UUUCAUGGCUUUGCAGUUUCUGGCCUCUCAACUGGCGAACGUGAUAUCAUCCUACACGAGCACAAUAAAUUGCGCCAGCUAGUGGCGACAGGUCGCUAUCCAGGUCAACCGGGUGCGGAAAAUAUGCGUGAAAUCGUUUGGGAUGAUGAGUUGGCGGCGCGUGCGCAACAAUGGGCAGAUAAUUGUGAAUUUCGUCAUGAUCCCUUGCGUACAAUAAAUCGGUUCACAAUGGGUCAGAAUUUGGCUAUUAUAUGGAGUACAGCGCCACUGGAUCCAACCGACGGCGAUUUUCCUUCACGCAUCCAAAGCUGGUUCAAUGAGGUGCAAAAGUACUCAUUCGGCGAUGCUUGGUCACCCAAAACUGGUCAUUACUCCCAGCUGGUCUGGGGAGAAACAAGCUUAGUUGGUUGCGGUUUUUCUGAAUACAAAGACUCAACCAAAUAUAAUAAGCUGUACGUUUGUAAUUAUGGACCAGGUGGUAACGUCGUCGGUUAUAACCCAUAUCAGGUAGGCAAGCCAUCGUGUGCUACAUAUGGUUUAAGAUCUUCGUCGCGUUAUCAGGGUUUAUGCGCACCAUCGGUUGCGCCAGUUGUAAGCGCCAACGCCAUUGACACGUAUGAGUACAAGCAAAAUAGCAACAACAAAAAAUACGCAUAUUCAACGCAAUCAGCUACAGCAACAACCUCUUCUUCUUCCUCCUCCCCCUCUGUAUAUUCUUCUUCCAAACAGGCGGCGAACGCAUUUAGUCAACGUAAGACCACAACAACAACCAGCAAUUCAGCGUUUAGUGCCACAUUACACAAGGCAACCUCAACUACAACAACAACAACCGGCAUCAAGACGUACACAACUCAGACCGGUAGCAGCAACAACAAAUAUAAGAACAAACUCGAGACAUAUAAGCCGUCCACAACAGAAUUUCAGAGGGCCGUACAGAAGCACACCAUUCUAAGGACAUAUUUGAGUAAUCCCAAUUUGAGUGAACAUCAAUUACAACAACAAGCACAAAAACAACAAGAACAAGAAAAUAGCAAUACAGAUGUUGGCGUUGCAGCUGAGGUCUAUGUUUUCGAUGAAAGCAAACAAAACCAACAAGUUACACAUACAACACCACAACCGGCUAAGCGCGGUUGGAGUCUCUUGACGUGGCGUGGCUAGGCGGUAGGGUGCAGCGAACGAACGAUUUGUGUGAGAGUGAGACACUCCUCCUGGAGUAGAACAAAACAAAAAAAACUAGUAUAGAAAACUUGUAGAAGGGGUCAGAUAUUCAAAGGCAGUAAGGUAAUUGAAAUUUAUGCAGAAAUAAAACAUAUUCACAUUGGUUUUGGUGGCUACAGCUGAAAAGCUCGUUAGUCGAUUUACUACUGUGUAGUAGCGGAAGUAACUUGCCCCACAACUGUACCACAAAAUUGCGUAAUUGUUUUAGUGCACAACUUACUAGCGAACGCAAGAAUAUGUUGAGCUGAAUCUAUUUUUUUCUUCUUAGGAGUUUGAGAAAUUAUUUUGCCAACAACAUUUUUUGUUUAGUCGUUACUGCCUUUCAACCCUUCUGCAGUCAUAUUGCCAUUUAAAUUGUAACAAAAUCCUAGUAAUAUUCACACGAGAAAAAAUUCUAAAUACAGAAACAUUAUUAAACAGUUAAUAAGUAGUGAUGCGAUUUUAGUUUAAAAUUACAAUUAAUUAAAAUAAAAAAAUAAAAAGUACAUACAUUUUUAUAUGCAAAUUAAUUAGAAUUUAAUGCAACUUAUUUAAGCCACAGUCACCAUGCAAUAUUGUACUUCUCUGCCCCUGCCACGCCAUGCCCCUGCCCUGUUUAAGAAUUUUUGUUGCCAUAAAGCUUCAAAUGUAUCAACUAAAACCCAAUAGAACAAAACUUACUACCUUGACUGAGUAGUUACAGGAAACUGUCCUCAAACACACACACACACACUCACCGCUAGAAAUUCAUAAGCAAAAGGCACAUUAUGCGAAAAACUGCCAUUGGCGUGUGGUAUAUCGUACAAGUCCGUACAUUUACAUACAUAAUAAAUAUAUUUGUAAAUUUGCCUUCUAUCAUAAACUAUUGUAUUAGUUAGUAUUAGUAAGAUAAGUAAAAUACUACAUACACACACAUACAAAUGUCCUAUGUAUGUGUAAUAAUAAAAUUGUUUAAUCAGACGCACACACAUCUACAAUACAAAUGUUUGUAUCAAACGUUUGUACACCUACACAUCUAUUAACUACCACCUACAUAUUGUACUUACCUUUAUCUGAAUUAAACAAUAGGGACAAUAAUUCACAUAUAUAUUUUUUGCAAAAAUACAUACAAACAUACGAGUACAUACAUAAGUGUGUAUAUCAUAUUUUUAUUGUAAAAUAUCAUGUGAAAAUAAAAAUGCACAUAUGUAUGUAUGUAUAUCCAGUUUUGUGUAAAAAUUGCCAAAGAAUUGUGACAAAAGUAAAGAUUUGUUUUUUAACGUAAUUUUUAUGCAAAACUUUUUGGAAUAAAGCAAAAUUUGUCGACACUAAAAAAAUAUUGUUAAUUUUUAAGUAAAAAUCUAGUAGAUUCUCUUCAAUGUAUUUUUGCGGAAAUUAUAGUAAAACAUUAUAAAUAAAUAAAAAAUUAAAUGAAGACUACAAU